AAUUUUAGAAUCAUUAAAAAACACAAACAAAAUCACCGAACAGAAGGGACAGUGCGAAUGUUGCCAGGUGAGGUGGGUCCUUCACAGCUGGGAAUGCCCGCCCAUCACGCACAUGUUUGUCUCCAUCUGAUCAACGGUUCUGAAUGUUCUGAUCGAUGAUCAAUGGGAACAUAACAUUCGCCCCGCUGUACUGGAUUAGUACACCCCCACCUAGCGCCCUCCGCAUAUAAUAAAAUACAAAAAAGGAACCGCCAUUUGGGCCAAUGCAUGCGCAUCGCGCACCCCGGCUUUCUCUAGUCCCCACCCGGCCGUUACUUAAAGGCCCCCACUAGUUUUCCAUUUUCCUUCACUUUCUAUCCAUCCUCCGCUUGCUCAGAGACGGCGAGAAAAUAAUUUCCCCCUCUCAAAUCCAACACCAUUAUAUGCGCCAUGCAGACAUGAAAUUAUGAAACCUUCUUCGUCGAAACCACUCAUCCUCAAGUGCUUCCUCUUCUCUCUCCUCCUCUUCAUUCCUCUCCUCCUCCUCCUCCACCACCUCUCCCCCCGACGUCCCCAAAACCACCGCAAAACCGCAACCAACGGCGAAGACUCGGGCUCCGUUUCCCGACCUGAGGACGGCGACCUCACAAUCCGACCCGGAUACAGGUCCUACGACACGUACAUACAGCGACAGCUCGACAAAACCUUGAACCCCAAGCUCCGGCAGAUAUGGACGACCCGAGACUGGGACCGGAAGAUCCAGGUCUUCGCCGGAUUCUUCGGGGAAUUGAAGCUCAGGGGGCUCCUGUCGAACAAGUCCACUGCGCUAUGCAUUGGAGCCCGGGUAGGGCAGGAGGUGGAGGCGCUGAGGCGGGUCGGUGUGUCGGACUCGGUGGGGAUCGACCUGGUUCCGUACCCGCCGCUGGUAAUAAAGGGCGAUUUUCACAACCAACCGUUCGCGAACGAGACGUUCGAUUUCGAGUUCUCGAACGUGUUCGACCACGCGCUUUACCCGAAGAAGUUCGUGGCGGAGAUAGAGCGGACGCUGAGGCCCGGCGGGGUGUGCGUGCUGCACGUGGCGCUUUCGCGGCGGGCGGAUCGAUACUCAGCCAAUGACCUCUACAGCGUGAAGCCGUUGGUGAAGAUGUUUCGCCGGUCGGAGGUGGUUCACGUUCGGAGCGUCGACGGGUUCGGGUUGGACACUGAGGUGGUGUUUCGGAAGAAGAAAGUCUUUCGGCGCUCAUGAUUUUCUUCUUCCUUUUUUUUUUUUUUUUUUUUUAAAUUUAAAAUUUCUCUUUGUACGUGUUGAUGGAGAAAGUAAAAGGCCAUUUUUUAUUUUAUUUUAUUUUAUAAAUCAAUUCUCUUCUUUGGUUA